UAGGCACAUAUCAAGCUGAUAGUAGCCAGAAUCGUUUUUUUCAGCCUGGAUGUGGGGUGAUAAAAAUGGAGCGACUCUACUUUGUGUAGAUCAAGAUCAUCAUAUAUCUGGAAACGUUGUAGUGUUUUAGUUGGACUUUCCUUUAACUACGGCUAAAGCUAGUAGAAAAACAUGUGAGUCAAUUCGGGUCGGGUUUGACCAAGAUGGUUAGAUUCUUGUGCAUCUAUUCUGCCAUUCUCUAUCACAAGUCAAAGAAAAUCGUUUACAUAUCUAACGGAGCAAUUCAUAAAUCUUUGGAACAAGUUAAAACCCUAAACAUGGAAACCGAAAAAAUAACCGAAACAACAAGACACAUAAGAAAAAGCGUGUCCCUCGGGAGUGACCUCAUAGACUACGAUGGAAGAACAUCUGCAGAUGAAUACCCCAUGGAUUCCGAGUACACGAGUUCCCACAAUACCGAAUCCAUAAUUGAAUUCACAGAUAAAGAUGAUAAAGAUCCCGAAAACCAAAAAUCCAAUUCACUUCAAGUAAGUUCUAAUCUCGUUAAUCAAGAAUCGGUAUCUUCCGGAUACCAACAAUCCCAUGAAGAAAUCUUGGAAAACGAGUUGAGAUUUUACCGAGAUUCUCCUUCGUCGUUGGUCAAAUCGAGCUCGUUACCAUUUCUUGACAGUUCGUUGUCUAAACUGGUCGAUCAAUCUCAAUCUACGGAUGACUUAAAAGCCUUAGAAAGAGUCGAAGCUGAAAAAAACACUACGGAUGAUAGUUCGGAUUCAUGUAACCAUGUGGGGUCCGCUAAAGAUUGGAUAGUCCCGGGGGUUGAUGAAUCGGGAAAAGAGAAAAAAAUUCAAGAAGAUUAUACGGGUCGCAGUUGGGAUCGAUUGGCGAAUAAGGAUUUUAAAGUUAAACGGAUUGAGAAAUGGGUUAUGGAUCUUCAUUAUACUCCGGUCAAUGAAGUCAACAAGCCUGUGAAUCUUGAUGACCAUGGGAAAAACGCUCGAACCGCUAUUUUGGAUUGUUCAGCCACUUCGAGAACAGGGACGAAAGGGGUUCGGGGAAUGGAUGCUGCAAAAAGUUAUAUUUCUUCAUUGAGUGGUUCAUCAUCAACUGCUCAUUUGGCUAACCAUGGUUUGGUUACAAUACCGUUUUUGAGCGCGUAUUCGAGCAUGAAGGAGCUUAAUUUAUCGGGAAACACCAUAGUUAGGAUCACGGCAGGCAUUCUUCCAAAGGGACUCCAUAUUCUUAACUUAUCAAAAAACAAUAUUUCUGUUAUUGAAGGGCUACGGGAACUUACUCGAAUCCGUGCACUUGAUCUGAGUUACAACCGUAUACUUCGAAUAGGACAUGGUCUAGCAGCUUGUUCAUCAUUAAAAGAACUAUACUUAGCCGGAAACAAAAUAAGCGAGGUUGAGGGUCUCCACCGUCUUUUAAAACUAAAAGUCUUGGAUCUUCGUUUCAACAAGUUGUCCACCACAAAGAGCCUAGGCCAGCUUGCAGCUAAUUAUAACUCAUUACAAGCCAUCGGGCUUGAGGGUAACCCGGCCCAAAAAAAUGUAGGUGAUGAACACCUCAAAAAGUAUCUAACCGGGCUCCUCCCACAUUUAGCUUAUUACAAUCGACAGUCAAUUAAACCGGGCUCAUUAAAAGAUCCGGUCAACCGGGCUAGCCAACUUGGCCCGUUUGACCGUGGGAUGCGGAAGUCAACUCAUUGCCGGAAAAGUCAAAACGCAAGUUCUCAUUGUCGACAUGUUCGUUUGCCACCGAGUGGGAUGAAGACGGGGAAUGUACGGCAUAAUUUUCAUGAUUUGAGUAAUAAACGUUUGAUCGUUGGGUCAAAGAAUGUCAUUCGAAGAACACGAAGCGAAGGAGUUUUACUUAGAGCAGUUUAGGCUGAUACAGGAUAUGACAUGACAAGACAACACACAUGACAUGUAUUGGAUUGAGAAUGAGAUCGAUAUCCAUGCGAUGGAUAUUGAGAUUGUUGGGAUUUAGGAGAUAUGGAAGAAACACAUGUAAAUAUUUUACUUUGUAUAUAGUGCAAAUAACAAUUGUUAUAAUUCUAUUGCUAUAUUUUUGUCCAUAACCGGAAAUGCCAGUUAUGAAACCCAU